GCACACGGCGGCGGCGCGCUCGAUGGUCUCUGCCCUAAUGCGGGAGUCCGGGAGAGAAGGCGCUGCAGAAGGAUGGGAGCUGUGCGGGGAGGUGGCGGCGGAGGAAGAGGGAUCUGGUAGUCCGACGGCUGGCGCGGAUCCCCAGUAGAGGCUUCGGGGAGCCGGGCGGGAUGAGACUGCUGUGAGCCUGGCCUCGCCAGAGGAACGGGGGCUCAGUCAGGGCGGCGGUGGCGGCUGCUGGCCAGCCAUUGGUCUGGAUCUUGUGUAUCAUCAAAGGCCCCCACCUGAAAUCCUGGUGUGCUGUUGCCGCUACUGACCUUGAUAUUCCAAUGCUCAGGGCUGCUCAGUGUUAACCCGGGAUUAAGACCAGAGUAUUUAAACAGCUGGAACCACAGUAUUAAGUAAAUCAAAACAUCCUACUGCACUACAGUAGUAAGACACCACUUUGCCUUGCUGAAGGAAUCUGGAACGUUGAAUCUUAGCCAAAUAUUCAAAAUGGUAAUGCAGAGGUAUCUCCUAACAUAUGUGGGAGUGGUGCUCACUUUAUCCCCUCAUCACUUCAUCAGAGCUAUUGAAGUCCCUCGAGAUUCAAGUAUUCAAGAUGAAUUAUUUCAGCCCCCGACUAUUACAAAACAGUCUGUGAAGAAUUAUAUUGUAGAUCCAAGAGAUAACAUAAACAUUGAAUGUGAAGCCAAAGGCAACCCUUUUCCUACAUUUACAUGGACACGAAAUGGGAAGUUCUUCAAUUAUGGAAAGGACCCAAGAGUAACCAGGAGAAGCAAAUCGGGUACACUUAGCAUUGACUUCCGCAGUGGUGGUAGGCCAGAGGACUAUGAGGGGGAAUAUCAGUGUUUUGCUCAGAAUCGCCUCGGGACAGCCAUUUCCAACAAAAUCGUCCUGCAGGUUUCAAAGUCACCUUUGUGGCCAAAAGAAAACUUGGACAUCCAAGAGGUUCAUGAAGGUGCUCCGCUUAUCUUGGCAUGCAAUCCCCCUCCUGGACUGCCACCUCCUGCUAUUUUCUGGAUGAGUAGCUCCAUGGAGUCAAUUCACCAGGACAAGCGUGUCUCCCAGGGACAGAAUGGUGACUUGUAUUUCUCCAAUGUCAUGCAGGAGGAUGCGCUGACUGACUACAGCUGUAAUGCUCGCUUUGCCUUCACCCAUACCAUUCAGCAGAAAAAUCCUUACACUCUCAAGGUCCUGACCAAGCAUCCCCAUAAUGAAACGUCCUUUCGAAAUCACACUGACAUGUACAGUGCUCGAGGUGUUACUGAAAGGCAUCCCAGCUUUAUGUAUCCUACUGGGACCUCAAGCAGUCAGAUGGUUCUGAGAGGGGAGGAUCUCUUGCUGGAAUGUAUUGCGUCAGGAGUCCCAACACCAGACAUCAUAUGGCACAAGCGGGGAGGGGAGCUCCCAGUAGGUAGGAUCAGUUAUGAAAACUUCAGAAAAGCGCUUCGUAUUGCUAACGUCUCUGAGGAAGAUUCUGGUGAAUAUUUCUGCUUAGCAUCCAACAAAGUGGGCAGUAGCCGCCACACAGUCUCGGUGAGAGUGAAGGCUGCUCCUUACUGGUUGGAUGAACCAGAGAAUCUUGUUUUGGCUCCUGGUGAGGGUGGGAGGCUGAUUUGCCGAGCCAAUGGUAAUCCAAAGCCUUCAAUCCAGUGGCUGGUGAACGGAGAACCAAUAGAAAGUUCUCUUCCUAAUCCAAGCCGUGAAGUAAAGGGAGACACUGUUAUGUUCCGGGAUGCCCAGAUUGGCAGCAGUGCUGUGUACCAAUGCAAUGCUUCUAAUGAACAUGGGUACCUGUUAGCCAAUGCCUUUGUCAGUGUAUUAGAUGUUUCUCCUCGGAUCCUUGCUCCUCGUAACCAGCUGAUGAAAGUGAUUCAGAACAACAGAACUCUUCUGGAUUGUCCAUUCUUUGGGUCCCCAAUCCCUACAACACGAUGGUUCAAGAAUGGCCAAGGAAACACUCUGCAUGGUGGCAACUAUAAGAUGCAUGAGAAUGGAACUCUGGAAAUUAUCAUGGCUCGAAGAGAAGACCAGGGAACGUACACUUGUGUGGCAACUAAUAUUCUGGGCAAAGCAGAAAUCCAGGUUCGCCUGGAAGUCAAAGACCCAACUAGGAUCACCACUGGACCAACUGAUACAGUUCCAAAGAAGGGUUCUACGAUUCAUUUAUCAUGCAGAAUAAAAUAUGAUUCCACCCUGAAACUUACAGUUACCUGGCUCAAGGAUGACAGUAUCCUGUACAUAGGAAACAGGAUGAAGAAGGAUGAAGAUGGCUUGACAAUAUAUGGAGUGUCUGAAAAAGAUCAAGGGUAUUACACUUGUGUAGCCAGCACUGAGCUAGAUAGAGACACUGCCCGAGCCCAUCUCACUGUUCUAGCUGUCUCAGCUUCUCCUGUUAACCGCAUGACAACUUUCCCCAAAGCCCGGCCAGAGCGUCCCCGUGACCUUGAGCUAACAGACCUUGCUGAAAGGAGCGUACGCUUGACAUGGAUACCUGGCGAUGACAACAACAGCCCCAUCACAGAUUACAUUGUGGAAUUUGAAGAGGAUAAAUUACAACCAGGAGUUUGGCACAACCAUUCCCGUUAUCCAGGAAGUGUCAACUCUGCUGUUCUGCGCCUUGCACCCUAUGUCAACUACCAAUUUCGAGUAAUAGCUGUGAAUGAAGUAGGAAGCAGUUAUCCCAGCUUGCCUUCUGAGCGAUACCAAACAAAUGGAGCACGUCCAGAAAUUAAUCCCACAGGAGUUCAAGGGGCAGGAACAUCAAAAAAUAACAUGGUUAUAUCAUGGACGCCACUAAAUGCAACUCAAGCUUAUGGCCCCAGGCUCAAAUAUAUUGUGAAAUGGAGAAGAAGAGACACACGAGAAAGCUGGAGCAAUGUAACUGUCAGUGGUGAUGUCAACAAAUACACAGUUACACAGACGCCUACCUAUGUGCCCUAUGAGAUCAAAGUGCAGGCAGAGAAUGAGUUUGGGAGAGCUCCAGAACCUGAUGUUGUCAUCGGCUACUCAGGGGAAGAUUAUCCCAAGGCUGCUCCCACUGAUAUUAGACUCAGAGUUUUAAACAGUACAGCAAUCAGCCUGCAGUGGACUAAAGUGUACCCGGAUACCAUCCAGGGACAGCUUAAGGAAUACAGAGCCUAUUACUGGAGAGAGAGUAGUUUUCUGAAGAAUCUAUGGGUCUCCAAGAAAAGGCAGUCUGAGAGUUUUAUUGGAGACCGAACACGGGGCAUAGUGUCCCGGCUGUUUCCUUACAGCAACUACAAACUGGAGAUGGUUGUAGUCAAUGGGAGAGGAGACGGGCCUCGAAGUGAAAUUAAGGAGUUCACAACACCUGAAGGAGUACCCAGUUCUCCAAGGUAUUUCAAAAUCCGCCAACCAAACCUGGAAACCAUCACUUUGGAAUGGGAGCACCCUGAACAUCCUAAUGGCAUUCUUAUCGGAUACACCCUUAGAUACCAAGCCUUUAAUGGAUCCAAAACUGGCAGAACAAUUCUAGAGAGCUUCUCUCCUAAUCAGACAAAGUUUUUAAUCCAGCGGACGGAUCCUGUAUCGCGCUAUAGAUGCGACCUGCGUGGCAGGACACAGAUUGGGGAAGGGGAGCCUGCCAAAGGGGAGUCACCAUCUCAUUUGAAUGAAGCAUAUGCUAAGAACCAAGGUGACAUUGCAACUCAGGGUUGGUUUAUUGGACUGAUGUGUGCCAUUGCUCUGCUGGUCCUCAUUUUGCUGAUAGUUUGCUUCAUUAAGAGAAGCAGAGGAGGGAAAUAUCCAGUGCGAGAAAAUAAAGAUGUGCCCCUGGACCCUGAUGACCAGAAAGUAGAUAAUGGAUCAUUUGAUUACAGGUCUCUUGAAAGUGAUGAAGACAACAAGCCAUUACAGGGCAGUCAGACCUCAUUAGACGGCACGAUAAAGCAACAAGAAAGUGAUGACAGCUUGGUGGACUAUGGUGAAGGUGGUGAAGGGCAGUUCAAUGAGGACGGCUCCUUCAUUGGUCAGUACACAGUCAAGAAGGACAAAGAAGAGACAGAAGGCAACGAAAGCUCAGAAGCCACAUCACCAGUUAAUGCUAUCUACUCCCUGGCAUAAUGCAACACCACUGAAACAGCAACAACAAAAAGAUAUGUAGUGAUGUGGGUUGGCAAAGUCACCAAUGGUACCAGAAAGUAACCAGAGCAGGACAACAGAGACCAAACACAAAACACAUCAGGUGGUCACCAGCGCCAUCAUCUCUUUAGGAAACAAAGCAAAUGGCAUCAAGCUGCUGAAGUGAUCAUACUGCAGCUGAAAUCUGAGCUGAUCAGCAGGAGAUCAGCAGGAGAGCAGGAUGCACAGAUUCUAUGCCCCCAGGCUUCAGAACGUGGACUGAAAUAAACACCCCUCUAUGCCCCUAUGUUUACUUUGUGAGAUAAUGCAACUCCUUUCAUUAAUAAUGUACAUGGCUGAGGUUUUUUUUUUUUUAAAGGAUUCAAAGUUGCUGUCAAGUGAGGGGGGGAGUACCCAAACAUGUAAAAAAUCUGAAAUAAGGGUAGGGGAGAUGAUAGCGAGGCUUCAUAGGCUAACAAUAGCAUGAAACCACAAUGAAGAAGCAAUUAGCUACUAGCAAAAAUGACCAGCUAUUUUAUAAAUGGGAAAUGUUCUGGUGAUUUACUUUUGUUGGAGGUCAGUUCAGCCAAGCCUUAGCUUAUAAACCUCACCAAAUAAGUUGUAUGACACUCGUUUUUAUAUGAUGAAAUGGUCUUGCAUUUGGCUCCAGGGUGGAAGCCGUUCACCGAAGGAUGGGAUGGCUUAUGGGAGAUGUUUGCAUUGACGAAAACUGUUUCGGAUUUCAGUGCUAUAAUUCAAAUAUGCGUUCUGAUGCAAGUGCCAAUGUGCGGCUUCACUUUCUCCAUGCUACUUGGCAUUUUUUUCAAAGGGUUAAAUGGGAAAAAUGCAUCCUUCUGCUAAUCCAGUGCAGAACUGAGGGACUGUGAAUAAUUUCUGGGCGGGCAGGGAAGCUGAUCUCUUUCUUUUAUCCUAAAAGCAGUUAGUGCUGCUUUGUGCAGACACAUGGUGUUAACUACCAUCCUGUAAACCUGAAUGUAGUAGGAAAGGGACAAUGGGUGACUAGAGGAAGAACACACACACACACACACACACCAUAUAUUCUUUCCUACUGCUGAUUUUAAAAAUAUGGUACCAACUAAGAAUUCACUAACCUGACAUUGGCCCUGUCAGUCAUUGUUGUGAAAAGUUCAGGGAUUCCUGUCCCUAGGUAUGUUUGAUAUAAAAGGACACGUGCACUCUGAACCAAUCUGGACUAGUCCAUCUUUGCAUCAUUUUAAGGUAAAAGCUACACUUCAUCACAUUCAGGGGCCUCUUAUUCUCCUGCACCCAUACACACACACUCACUUGAGUCCAUUAGCCUAAAGAAGGCCUUUGCAGUUUUAAAUAAUCAGCAGCAUGCAGCUCACACUCUCUCAUUAGUUACACAUGGAAGGCACCCAAGGCAAGCUAACAUAUUAUAACACCCAGUAACCCUGGUUUUUUUUCAGAUACAUAUUAUGUUGUUACAAAGUUCUUUCAUAUAUGCCUUAAACAGCUUCAUGCUUUCCCUGAAGCUUAAUAAACUAUGAAUAUUUACCCAUAGAUUUAAGUCCCUGGUGUGAUGGUCUGUAAUCUGUCCAUGCUGUACUAAUAAGGAGGCUUGUCAAAGCAGACAGAGCAUGGAUCCUUGUAGAAGGUAGAAUCUCUGUAUAUUACACAGCAUUCAAUGCAAUACAAUACAUGUUUUUUUUUCAUUUGCAGCACUGAAGGUAGCCAAACAGAAAACUUGGAAGUCUACAGCCAAUUUCACACCUGUAAACUGAUGGUAUUUAACAAGAAACAUCUCAAUAUGUUUUAGCAUGAUGCUAGGAAUAAUAUGGCUUGGCUUUCUGAGAAGAUUGGUUCAGUAAAGGCAUUCAACUUUUCCUAAGAAGUCUGGAUACUAAUACAUUCAUUUUAUAUUAGCAAUUGAAUGCAUAUACCACCUGCAUAUGGACUUGUAAAUCUGCUUGCAGGAAAAUCAAUGUGUACUCACUUUACAGAUGAAAAUGGGGACAGGUACCUCUUUGGCUGUACAUGAGAAUUAAUGCACAUACAAAAACCCUCACGUGUCACAGUACAUGGACUGUACAUGCAUUCACUGUCACUUGUGAACAGGGCUAUUGUUAGGUUUAAUAAAUUCAGCUAAAGCUUUAAUGCAGCCAUGCAGCAUUACAGAAUUACUCAAGCGGAGCCUCUGCAGAAGCCACGCAAAGGAAUGUGGAGACAGGAUGGUUGUGUUGUCUGACUGACCUGGAUUUCUUACCCCACCCCACUUCACCCCUAUGUAAAACAGGUCAGAUUACAGUAUGUUAAUAGUAUAGUCAGAACAUCUCAUAACCCCAGAUUUUUUACAUACUUAACUGAUUCAAGCUGCAGUACAAGUCACCCUUCAUGGUGAAUUUGUCAACUUUGCACCACUCCCAGGAUAUUGCUUUGACUAUCUGGAAUUGAAACUAGUCCAUAAUGGGCUAAUGUGGAAUUGAUCAAGGAGUGAUGCCAAAUGAACCACACCAUGAAAAAAGCAACCAUUUGACAGCAUACUAGGGCAACAAGUUAAUAGUGCCAAGAUGAAGUCAACACAGCAAAGCAUCAUUCCACAUUACAUAUAGGGGCUACUGCCUCGAAAUGUAAAGAAACACUCUCACUGAUAGAACAAGAUAACUUUGACUCUAUAGCAAUUAAUUAGAGAAAACCAAACAUCCCAAAGUUGCAGUUCUGUGCAUAAGUUAUUUGGGAGUAAGUUGCAUUGCUCAAAGUGAAAUUUACUUCCAAGUAAACAUGCGUAGGAUUGAGCAAUUAGCCACUUUUAUAUGGGAUGUGUUUUAGAGAACGCAACUGAGGCUCUCAGCUGUACCUAGCCUAAUUAUGUGCUAGAGCUAUGCAUUCUUUUCUUCUCUCCCAAGCCAUUGCCCUACCAUCUGUUUGAAGAAGAUUACAAUAAGAGGUUUGUGUAUUGCUUUUCAGUGAUGACCUCAGAAAAUGUAGGGGUGCAUUUCAGGAGCUGAAUAAAGAUUAGAAAAAUAUUUUUAAAGACUAGAUGAUGCUGUGUUCUUUGGUUCUCAGACUGUAGCAGACAGUAGGGAUCUGUAACACUAUUAGUAAAGGUUUGUGUCACCAGGUUUGUGUUCUGAUUUCAGAAGAAAGUGAAGUCUCAGCAAAUAAGAUUGAUAUAUAAUAAUAUCAGCCAAUGGAGUUAACCUAUGCCUCAUGUUUAAAAGAUGAGAUCUGAAUUCAGGAGAGACAUAUUUUACGGCAAAGAAUUCAAGAGCAUCUGUGCUGUAUUAGGCAAACAGUCCAUCUUGCUUCACAUAGCAGAUAUCCAGCUACACCCAGAAAGCCUCCAAGUAGGCACAGUAGCCAAAGCCUUCAUGAAGCACUGAUAUUCAGAGGGUUAUUGCCACUGAACAUGAAGGCUGAAUUUAGUUAUCAUAGCUAGAAGCCAGUGAUAAAAUUGUCCUCCAUGAAUCUGUCUAAAUCCAGUUUAAAGCCAACUAAGCUAAAAACAAACAUUGCAGUCUGUGCCAGCAAAAUUCAAGUUAAUUAUUCUUUGAGUGAAGUAUUUUGUUUUGUCUUUCAUGAAUCUAUAUCGGUCCAUAAUGCUAAAGACUAUAAAGAACUGAACAGAGUUCAACCAAUAUAUUUCUCUAAUGGGUGUUAAGGAUCUAGGGAAAGUUGUUCCCUGUUAUAAGACCAUCAUGGGAUCUGUAAUAAGGAUGGACUGGAGAAAAAAAGCAUGUUGCUUUCCUAAAGUGUUGUUAAUUUGCCAGUGAGUAACUCAUACCUUGCCAAAUGUAUGAAGCUAAAUCUCAGAUAUUCUUAGCACCUUAUUUUAAUGUGUAUCAAAUAUUAUAUACUUUUUGCACUGUCAUUCUGUGCACACACAUUUAGGAUUAAAUCAAUUGCAUCUAGGUUCACAUGCAAACACAUGUCAGAUACUCAGCACAGAUACUAGAAGCAGACCGAUUUAUAUGCUCCCUGCAAGCUUUUUAUAAAGUUCUGCUUACUUAAGGGUUCACAUUUACAGUUACACUGGUAUGUCUGGAUAUAUUGUGCCAAUGUGGGUUCCAAUACAAAAUGAGUUGCUUAUCCUUGAGAAAUUGCUUCAGGAGUUUGGCUAAAAAAUAUUUAGCUAUGUAUGUGCCAGCAAAGUACUAGGGUUUUUUCCAAAUGUUUUGAAAAAACUGGAGUUUCUUAGGCUGGUGUAUUUAUCCUAGCAAGGGAAGAGAACAUGUUACCAUGUAGUCACUAUUUAUGACUCUUGUACAACCACAUUCCAAACACUGAGUGUGCAAGGAUCUGACAGAAAUUAUGCAAGGAUCUGACAGAAAUUACGAAUAGCAAUUGCAUUUGUUGUACAAACAUAAAUCACCUGGAAAUGCUUUUUUAUUGGAUAUUGAAGAAACCAAGCAGUUAAGCAAGGUGUGACAUGAACUGAAAGUUAAGGUAGCGUUUACAUAAUAAGAAAGCUGGCAGUCAUAGGUAGACUUUAUUUUGGUUUUUUUGUACUUAAAAUAUUCAGAUCCUGCCUCAUCUGCAAUGUCUGGAAUGGCUUCCAACAACAAAAAUAGAUUAUAAUAAAAUGCAUGUAACACCAUCUGAAGAAACAAGGAUCUUGCAGAACUUGGCACAAUGUAAAUUCUGUCACAGAUAUAACAUGAUAAAAACUUCAGACGCCAUAUCACCCUAGAUAUGAGCAAUCUUGUCUGGUUUUGAAAGCUAAUCAGGAUGAAGCCUGGUUAGCACCCAGAUGGCGAAAAUAUUUAGGAAGCAUGUAGUGUGCUUUGUUAGGCUGGAAGCAGAACAGAUAUCAUAAGAUGUGCAGUAAUGUUAGUAUCACUUUGCUUGUUUAUUAUAUAUGGGUGCAUGGCCCAAACAGGAUUGGAGGCCGUCAAAGAGUAAGAUUCUAUCCGUGUAUCUAAUCUGUAUUAUGAUCUUCUCACAAAGAGUUCAGGGUAGCAGACACAGAUUCACCCCAUUUCCCAAAAUUAUGAUUGAUAACAAGCUGAACUCUAUACUCAUGAUACUAGUGGAGAAGCAUUUUCCUUUCACAAUAGUUUGGGCACCACACAAGGCUACUGCUGGCAUAUACUAACCAAACACGUCAGUUACAGGACUACCAGUAUGAAAAGUCUUCUUUGCAUUGCACCUGUUCUUAGACUUAAGAGAUUUGAACAACAGAGCAAGCAAUACAACCAGCUACUGUUGAACCAUUAAUCAAGGUUCUAACCAAGUCUAGGCCACCAACUAACAAGGCUCCUGAGAUUUUAGCCCCUUAUUGUGUAUGGAUAGCCAAAGUGCUUUCCAUGUACCAUUGUGCUGACUUAUAGAUACAGAUAUUGACCCUGAUCUCCAGUGUUCAUCCCUUAUCUGCAGUGGUAUUCCAAAAGGCUCAACUCUCUAAACAUUAACAGCUCACAAGUAUAGAAGUAAUUAAAAUAUCAUCUCAUCUAAGCAUCUAUGUUUAAUUCCAUGUUUUCAAUAACUAAAUAUCUGAACUGCACCUCAAACAUAUGCUCCAUACUCCAAGGAAAACAGAGUGUUUCACAUGUUGUCACUGGGCUCCGUUGCUGUGAACAAGUUGAGCCAGUGAGUUCAAACGUGAGGCAACAUCUUGGACUGAAAGACAUUUUCAUUCAUUCAAUGCAUUUAUACCACACCUUCCCAGUGGAGAUGCAAAGCAGUUUACAUGGUUUUCUCUCCUCUGUUUUAUCCUCACAACAACCCCGUCAGGAAGAUUAGGCUGAGAGAGAGAGAAACUAGGUCACUGAGUAAGCUUCCAUGGCAUAGCAGGAAUUCAAACUUGAGAAUCUGAUAUCCAUCAGUACACCACACACUAGAACUGAUUUAGUGUUUGUGGCCUUGGAAAGGACAUGUAUUCCCUCUCCUUCUGCAGAAUGUUAGAGUGUGAAGAGUCUGCUUUACAUGCCAAUGAUGUGAGAAUGCUGGCUAAUUUUCUUCUCAAGUGGUUGGCUGGGUGACUGAAUAGAUUUGUACAGAGAUGCUUGAAUUGUACAAAGGCUGUGAUGAAGCCAACAGCAAAUGUGCACAGGCCAGGGCCAUCCUGACAUUGCCUUCUCCUCUACUCAAUUUCUACCCUGCAGAAAUGACCUGUAGGUCAACUAACAUAACAGAAUCCCAACCCUGUUAAUUGACCUGCCAAUUAUGCCCUGGAUUCAUGGAUCUAAACAAGAUGAAGCACAUAACCUAUUAGAAGUAUCUGUGGGGAAUGACAAAGGUGAUGGUCAUUACUGAUUUUACCUGACUCAUAUGCAUGUUUUACCUGACUCAUGUGACCUAUUGUGGCCUUUCCCCAUCCUGACUUACAGCUGCAGGAAAAGGAAAACCUUACUUUCAUUUCCUGGAAGGUUGCAAAUAAAAAAGGUAGGUCUAAACAGAACCAGGACUUUGAUCUAUAAAAUAAUUGUCCAUUGCAUUUGUCUUCAUUCUGUGCUGGCAUCAAAAGGCAUCAGCUAAGCAAUAAGACCUGUUUUCUCUUCUGCACUGCAGCUCAUCUUAAUAAUGGGAGCCAGCAAAGGUUUUUCUGCUAUUAUAGACUUGCAGAAUGUUGCUUGGUUCUCCAUUUUAUCCAGGAGUGCCUGUCUCUCAGAGUAUAUCCCUUUCUAGUAAAUAUCAUGCUUUGAUAGUAAUGUCAGAAGGCAGUCUUGGACCCCCUCAUGUUGAAUUGAAAAAAGCAAGGAGACCUUCCAGAGCAAUGUGGAGGUUUCAGACACUUCCCACCAAGAAAUUAUUGGUGUUUUUGGUUUUGUCUGUUUUUAAUUUGUAAAUAUCCACACAUACACACACCAUCUCCCUAACGGCUCCCCGUUUAUUUGCCUUCUAUGAAAAAACUGGAAAGAUGGGAAAUAUUGUGUUAAUUUGCUUUCCAAUAGAUGAAUGCAUAUCUGAAGCUGAAAAAUGAUUUACAGUGAAUAGAUUUACAGAUUAUGGAGACAUGUUUAAUAUAUGGAGUGCAUGAACUAUUUGGGAAAAAAGGCCAAAAUAUUCAGAAAUCUUUUUAAAUCACUGUAAAAAAAUCCUGAUUUUUUUUGUAUAAAGAACACUAAACAUAAUAAAAAAUAUUGUUCAGAA